CAGACAGUCAGUCCCUGCCUAUUCGUUUCGGACCGUCAGUACCUUACAGAGACCAACGCUGGCGCAUGCUAAGUUUACACUUUUAAAUGAUAUUUUUUUCUUUAACCUCGUUAUAACGUACUUAUCAGUGAUCGGUUUUUGUUUUAUGGCGAUGACAGCCGACAAACCAACGGAGUUUGACGAUGUGUUGAAGAACUUCAAUGUGUUCGGUCGUUACCAUUCAGUGUUUUUGUUUUUCACCUUUCUGGCGUUCGCGGCCAAUAGCAUAUUUUGCAGCAACUAUGUGUUCGCCGCCGAGGAGGUCGGUUACAGAUGCAAAGACGAGUCUUUUGGUGAGAAUGCAUGUUACACAACCGGAAGCGAUAAUCAGACAAUACGAUGUAAGGAGUGGGUGUACGAUAACCCUCACAGCUUUGUUGCAGAGUUUCAGCUCGCGUGCCAUGAAUGGAAACGCACUCUAGUAGGAACUGCUCACAGCUUCGGAUACAUGGUGGGACUACUGAUCGUGGGACCGCUGUCUGACAGACUAGGUCGCAAGUUGACGUUGGUGAUCACGGGCGUGCUGGGGGGUAUACUGGGCCUGGUUCGCAGCUUCUCCGCGUGGUACUGGCUCUACAUCCUGCUGGAGUUCCUAGAGGCAGCCAUUGGAGACAACUGCUCACCUAUGUUCAUUCUAACCAUAGAAGUGGUAUCGACGAAGAAAAGAGCCUUGUUCUACGUACUUUGUUGCUUCGGAUACGCGUUUGGUGGUGUUAUGCUACCCACUGCUGCUUGGCUCUUCCCUUACUGGAGAACGUUCCUUAGAGUUAUCUACACUCCAGCAUUAUUCUUCUUCUUAUACUUAUUCACUAUAGACGAAAGCCCAAGAUGGCUAUUGACGAAAGGAAGAAAAGCCGAAGCCAUAGCAAUAAUCGAGAGAGCAGCGGCAAAAAAUAAAAUUGUAAUAGACAGGGCGGUGUUAGAGAAACUUGAAUAUGAGGAAGAGAAGGGUUUACGGUUUAUGGAACUGUUGAAGAUAACGUUUUCAUCUAAGACUCUAGCGAAGCGAUGCCUGAUAUGUAUCGUUUGGUGGACAACGUCAACCUUUGUUAACUUCGGAAUGACGAUCAACUCGGUGUCGUUGCAAGGGAAUAAAUACUUGAACUACAUGCUAAUGUCGCUAGUGGAUAUUCCGGGCAAUCUGUUUAUUCUGUACAUUCUGAACCAUUUCAAAAGGAAAAUACCACUGAUUACAUCAUUCAUUGUUGGUGCAGCGCUGUGCCUCUCUCAACCUUUUGUGCCCUCGUACUUGCCCUGGCUAUCCAUAUCCUUCUACAUGGCCGGCAAAUUAAUGUCCUCGUUCUACUUCAACAUCACGUACAUGUUCACGUCGGAGCUGUUCCCGACCUACACCAGGAAUUCCAUGCACGCGCUCUGCUCCUCCCUGGGGAGGAUAGGAUCCAUGCUGGCGCCGCAGACGCCUUUACUAAUGCAUUACUGGUCAGGGCUACCACCAAUAGUCUUUGGUGGGGCGUCCCUUGUUGCAGGGCUGGUCACCUUCCUAGUUCCUGACACAGCUGAAAAUUCAUUGCCCAACACUGUUAAAGAAGCCGAGGCACUUGGUAAUGAUAAGACGUCGAAAAAUAAAACAAAAGACGGAGGUGAAAUAAACCUCGCAUUCACUAAAGAAGACACAGGGCUAAACUUGGUUGUAAAUAAGGAAGCUCAUCUGUCACGGUUGUGAUAUAAAUUAUUUAUUAUGUUGUAGGGAUAGAUGAUUCUGUGUGAAUAAAAUAUUGAGUAAGUCGU